AAGAGACGCUGCUUAAUCCUUUCUACAACUAGCACAGAAGGCAUAUCAUCACAAUGGCUACUGCAGGAAAAAUUAUACAAUGCAGAGCAGCAGUUGCUUGGAGUCCAAAUCAGCCUCUUACAAUUGAAGAAGUGGAGGUUCAACCACCGAAAGCUCAUGAAGUCAGAAUAAAGAUAGUUAGCUCGGGAAUAUGUCGGACAGAUGACCAUGUUAUUCAGGGGAACAUGAAAAAUAUAGAUUUUCCAGUUAUUCUCGGCCAUGAAGGAGCUGGAAUAGUUGAAAGUGUUGGUGAACAUGUGACAGACCUUAAACCAGGGGACAAGGUAAUCCCACUAUGUAUGCCUCAGUGUGGAAAAUGCAGUUCUUGCAUUAACCCAAACACCAACUGCUGUCUAAAAACACACAUUAGUGUAGCCCAAAAUGUUAUGCCUGAUAAAACAACAAGGUUCUCAUGCAAGGGGAAGGUUGUGUAUCAUUUUUUAUGGACAAGUACUUUUUCAGAAUAUACUGUAGUACCCAUUGACGCUGUUGCAAAGAUUGACGACAGAGCACCACUAGACAAGGCAUGUCUGUUUGGUUGUGGAUUUCCAACUGGAUAUGGAGCAGCUGUAAAUACAGCCAAGGUAACACCUAGUUCUACUUGUGCCAUAUUUGGUUUAGGAGCCAUUGGGCUGUCAGCCAUUAUAGGCUGCAAAUUAUCUGGAGCUUUAAGAAUAAUAGCCAUAGAUAUCAACAGUAGCAAGUUUGAAAAGGCAAUGGCCUUUGGCGCCACUGAAUGCAUAAACCCUAAGGAUUACAGCAAACCGAUAGAGGAGGUGAUAAUGGAAAUGACAGGGCUUGGAGUCCAUUAUUCUUUCGAGUGUAUAGGAAAAACAGACGUCAUGAGAGCUGCAUUGGAGUGUACUCACAUGGGAUAUGGAACCAGCGUGAUCAUAGGCGAUGCACCCCCAGAUGCACACAUAACUUUUGAUCCAUAUCUACUGUUCACAGGUCGUACAUGGAAAGGAAGCAUAUUUGGAGGUUGGAAAAGCAAAGACCAUAUUCCCAGAUUGGUUUCUGAUUACCUGUCACAUAAAUUUAAUCUGGAUGGAUUGGUGAGCCACACCUUGCCAUUUCACCGCAUCAAUGAGGGGUUUCACCUUUUGCAAUCUGGGCAGAGACAGACAGAAACCUUGUCAGCGACAGUAACUAGUCGGAAGACUGUUCCACUCUCCUCUUCUCAGCAUAGCCACAGCGCUGUUGAGAUGACGUCAGGGCUGGCACGCUGGAUGAUAGCGCAGCCGACGUGCCUGCGCACAGCACGUUCGUUACACUCGUGCUUCUCGGCGGCCACUGCACCAGAGCAUUCGUACAAUCUUGAUGUUUUGAACUGAAGGUCUUGCAUAUGUCUGGAAUUAUCCUUUCUGCACAUUAGAAGAAAACUGGAAUAUUUCUGUUUAAUUCAUUCCAUAAAUUAGUAAUGUUGUUUUUAUCCAAUUAAUAUAAUAAACGUUAUAAACUCACUGUGGUAA